AUGGCUGAUGAUGCUGAAAUCGCGGCUCGUGUCGAAGCGCAAGUAAAAACGCAAAUCAAAGAAGAGAUCAAGGAUAUGAAAGACCAGAUAGCUAUGUUGACUCAGAUGAUGACUAAUUUCAUGAUGACUCAAAGACAAACCCCAGUGGCAUCCAUGAUUCAACCCCCAGCAAUUGUCGAUCCUCAAGCGAGCGCACAAAGUGAUGGAGCAUUGAAUGGCAUGCCACCUCUUGAAGAUGUUUUACUUGGAGCUCAAGGUGACAAUCCACCUCUUACAAAUGUUCCUCCAUCUGGCGUUCAAGGUGUUACUCAGCCUCCCGGAAAUGUCAUUUUACCCGCGCCUCAAAUCGCCACACCAACCGUACCCCGUGUUACAACUGGCAUGUUAAAUGAUGAGAGUGCCAAACUUUUGGCAAAAUUCGAUCAACGAUUGCGUGAAAUAGAAGGAACGCAUCAUGUUUCCCCAAUCGACCUGUCUAUGUAUGCCAAGGUUCAAGUCCCAGACAAAUUCAAGUUGCCGGAAUUUGAAAAGUAUGACGGCACGUCUAACCCGGUAGAACAUGUCCGGAUGUACCAGGCCCGGAUGACUAAGUAUGUCACCAAUGAUCUUCUUAUGGUCCAAACUUUCCAAGCAAGUCCGAAAGGGCCAGCCAUGAGAUGGUACACCAACCAUCAUAUCAACCGCAUUGAGACUUGGGAAAAAACGGCUGCAGCGUUCAUCAAACAUUUCGGAUUUAACCUAGACAUCACCAUCUCUAGGGAAGAUCCGGAACAAGCUGAGAUGAAGAAAGGAGAGACCGUCAAACAAGACGCGACUAGGUGGAGGAAUUUGGCAGCCCGGCUUAUGCCGGAGCCGUCGGAACGGGAAUUGAUGAAGUUAUUUGUGUCUACGCUUCCACAAAACAUGCGCUCUCAUAUACUAGGUGCAUCUGCUCGGUCGUUUAGCCAGCUGAUCUCGAUGGCUGAAGAAGUAGAGAGCGGAUUAAAGAAAGGUUGGUAUGGCGAUUUCGGUUCUUCGGGGAAGCAAUUCUUCGGAAAAAAAGACAAGGAAGCGGCCGGCGAGGUGAAUGUGGCCUAUGCCCAAAAAUUUCCCGUUCAAGCCCCUAAAGCAACAAUGGCAACCCAACAAACAGUUAACUAUGGCCACGAGAACCAACGUCAGCAAUUCCGCCCCAAGCGUCAAUUUACACCUCUCCCAGGAACUCCUUCGCAGGUCUUGGCUAUCUUGCGAAAGAAGAACUUGCUAACUUCGGAUCCUCAACGACCCAAUUACGCCUCAUUCCCUAAAUAUGAUCCGACUAAGAAGUGUGAUUAUCAUUCGGGUGAACCGGGUCAUUCAACUGAUGAUUGUAUGGUGCUUAAGAAUCGAAUUCAAGAUUUGCUCGAAACAGGGGCAUUUGCAUUCCAGUCAGCCGGCCAACCUAAUGUGCGGAGUAACCCGCUGCCAAAUCAUGUGAGCAAUUGA